GUAUCAGAGCAGAAUUUCUGGGCUGGAGAAGACCUACGAUCCUAGCAUCAGCCUUUCAAAAGAGGAUUGGACGUGGCUACUUUUCUAUCAAAAAAAAAAAAAAAAACCCUAGCGGCGGCUGGUCUCAGUUCUCUCUGGCGGCUGCACUUACAAAAACCCUAGUGGUGGCUUGUGUUUUCAAUCUUCUCUGGCGGUUGUGCUUGCAGAAACCCUAGUAAGUCCUGCGGCUGUACUUCUAUUGAAACCCUAGUGGCCCCAAGCGACAAUUACUGAAAAACCCUAGCUGUGUUUGGCCGUGGGAUGGUGCUGGUCUGCUGAAACCCUAAUCGAAGGAGGGUGUUGAUGGUGCAAUGAAACCUUAGCAGGUUCUGAUCUAGUGCUGAACAGGUGUGGUUUUGUUUUAGUUUAUCUCAAUAUUCUUUAUCCAAUGGUGCGUAGGGCUUAUGCCUUGAUUAUAUGAUUACUAGUUUGAAUAAUUGGAUGGUUAGAGUGGGGGAACCACAAUCAGACUGACAGUAAUGUCUGGAUUGGUGGUGUUGAACCGAUGACCGGACUAUUUAUUGUUCUGUUUGGACGUUGUAGUGACUGAUCUCUUAUUCUUAGCAGUAGUUUUUGUGCUCUCAGCAAUAUUCACUAGUUUGUUGCUCACAUUCUAGGAGUAAACCCUGAGUUGCCACAUUCCAGUUGUGGCGGUUGUGCUGUUAGGUGGCAUUUGGACUGGUUGGUUGUAAUAUUCAAUGGCAAGUCAUGAACUGACCUCACCGGGGAACACCCCAACCCGCAACACAGCAGGUAUGGGAGGUCAAACCAUGGUUUUUUCCAUGCCAAUUACCCCCUUGAACGGUCUGAACUACCUGGAGUGGGCUAAGAGUGUAAAACUCUAUGUAACGGCAAGGGGUAAGGCUGGUUACAUCAAUGGAAGGGUGAAAGAACCCAAUGGUGAGACAGCUGAACAUGAUAGGUGGGACCAAGAAAACAGUAUGGUGAUGUCUUGGCUCCUCGYAGCCAUGGAACUUGAUGUGAAAAAGAUUUUUAUGUGGGCAGACACCGCUAGUGAGAUCUGGGAACAGGCCAGAAUUACCUAUUCUGAGCAAAGGCAUUAUGCCAAGAUUUACCUACUACAAGCUGAGUCCUCAACAUGUAAACAGGGAAACCGUAGCUUGUCCUCAUAUUAUUCAGCUCUUACCUCUAUAUGGAAGGAGUUGGACCAUUAUCAGGCCAUAGAGUGGAAGCACGAUGAUGAUGCUAAGGCCUACAGGAAACUGAUCUCUCAGCAACGAGUGUUUGCUUUCUUGUUAGGGYUGAACCCUGUAUAUGAACCAUUAAGGGUGCAGAUCCUAGGAAGCAAAGAAUUGCCUACAGUACACGAAGUAUAUUCCCUUGUCCAAUUUGAAGAAAGCAGGCGAAGUGUGAUGGUUACAGCUGAGGGGGAGCAACAAGUUGCCUUGGCUGCGGUGAAUAAUAGCUCAACAGGGAAGAAAAGUGAUCAUAAGAAGGCAGAUGAUAAAGAUAAACUCUUUUGUACCCAUUGUAGAAGGUCACGACAUACACAUGACACCUGUUGGGACAUCCACGGGAAACCCAAGUGGGCAGCAAAGAAUCAAGAACAGGGUAAAGGUCACKUGAAAAGAACGAGUUGCCGGUAGUACCUGGGACCCUCCUAAUAAGCCUGACCCCAAGGAGGAUAUAAUGAAUUCAUUCAGAGAGCAUCUGAAAUCUUAUGGUAG